UCAACAUCACACCACGUCCCUCAUCUCUCUCUUCUCUGUAACCGAACUCACGUGGUCAUGAAGUUCCACUUUGUCGAUAGCCAUGCAGCAAGCGAUCCCGGCUCCCGCAAGGCCAUCCGCCGUCAUGUCAUGAAGGGCAAGAACUUGGGGCGGACUAUCCAAGGUCGCGGGCGUAAGCAUGCUGCGGCGCAAGAGCCAAAGAUCUUUGAAGGUGUACAGAAGAAGGAGAAGCUUGAGGAACUUGUCGUUGCUAGACGGGAGCGAGAUGUACGCGUCGAUAGUGAUGGCAGCACGUUGAUCUUUCCAGAGAUAGUGCCCCAUGAUGUGCUGGGCUCGCCAUCGAGCCCGUUCGCUGGGGAAGAGUAUACAUACUUUGCCUUUCCUAUCCAGUUUACCCAGUCGAUGAGAUACAUGGUGUAUCAAUUCCACACAGCAGUCUGCGAUGCCAUCUAUCCCUCAUUCUUUUGUUCUCGAACAGAACAAGUUGGGUCACCAUGGUUUAAAUACAUGGUUUCUGACCAAGCUUUCCUUCACUGCUUGCUCGCUAUGGUGGCAACCUACCUCAACCUCUUCCGCAAACCAGAUUGCGAACCUCUCGAAGCCACACGCCAUUUCUCACAAACCCUUCGUCUCAUCAACCCCAAGCUUAUGCAACCUACGCCUCCGCAAGAUUCAACCAUCGCCAUCAUUGUCUCCCUUGCCAUCCAUUCCAAACUCAUCCGAGAUCCACCCAAGUGCUCCAUGCAUCUGGACGGUCUUCAACGCCUCGUCGAUCUACGGGGUGGACUGUCAGAAAUCAGCGAAUCUAAUCGUGCACUUCUGCACAAGAUACUUCGCACUGAUAUCGAACUCGCCAUUUCCCUGGGUGCACGCACACGGUACGGAGUCAGAGGACUCACUGCGGCAACUCCCGGCCCUACAGCUGCGAGGAUCCUCAGGUAUCCUCUGAACCAGAUGUGCGAGCCACUACGGCACAUGACACGAGAGAUGCUGGCUCUGUGCCGACAGCCUGGAAAGGCUAAGAUGGUAGCUCUGCAGUACCAGGACAUCUUGAUCUGGCUGUGGCAGCGCCUGAUAGACUUUGCACCGCUGAGUGAGAAGAGACCCCUCGAUCCGCUCGAUGAUAUGUGGCAUCUGGGCCUCUUGACUUUCUUGGCUACUAUAACAUGGCCAACGAGUUUCCUGCGAGGUCUCAACUGUGGGCUCUUGCAAAAAUUGCUUCGAGAGCGUAUUGAUAGCAAAGUCUUGCUUGAGAGAGGCGAUGAUUACCGAGCCUUAUGGUUUUGGAUCGUCUUUGUCUACGCUAUGCUGUUACCCGAAGAUAACUAUGAGCAACUUCCUGUCCAGAAAAUACGAGAGAUGGCAGAGGAGUUGAAUAUCGGGACAUGGGAGGAGGUCAAGGUGGCCUUUCGACCGUUUCCAUGGAUUGGAAUUCUCCAUGACGCACCUGGAAAGAACCUAUGGGAGUUGAUCAACGACUGA